UCAGUCACCACAACACCAGUCCAGUUAUGGCAAAGAAAUCUGAACAGACUGAUGCUCCUUCUCCAUAUAAAGACCUAACCUUACCGGUCAUGUUUCCCAAACUGCAUACAGAAGAUGAGGGUGGUGCUACUACCUUCUCAUCGUCGACAUGCAACCCCAACCUGUGGAAUAUGUUGCAUGCAGCCGAGACCAGAUGGAGCGAGCAGUCUCAACCGUCCAACGAAAACGGGGCCGAGGUGUCCGUUGGGGCGGGAGAGACAGUGAUCGAAGCGCUAAAUAUGGAGAGGCAAAUCCAGUUUGCUGAUCAGAAGCAGGAGUUUAACAAACGUCUCACUAAGACCGGUCGUCGCUCCCUGUCCCGCUCCCUCUCCCAUUCCUCCACAGACAGCUACAGCUCAGCUGCGUCGUACACAGACAGUUCAGGGGAUGAGAUGUCUCCUAGAGACAGGCAGCAGAGGAGCUCUAAGGGACAUCAAGACUUCUGCAUCAAGACCAUCAAACAGGCCGACUUCGGACGCAGGGAGAUCGAGAUUGCUGAACAAGAGAUGCCAGCUCUGAUGGCCCUGAGAAAGAGAUCAGGGGGCGAAAAGCCGCUGGUUGGUGCUAAAGUAGUGGGCUGCACUCACAUCACCGCUCAGACCGCUGUCUUGAUGGAGACUCUGUCUGCGUUGGGGGCUCAGUGUCGCUGGGCAGCCUGUAACAUCUACUCCACCCAGAAUGCUGUGGCUGCAGCUCUGGCUGAGGGAGGCUUCUCUGUGUUUGCAUGGAAGGGGGAGUCAGAGGAUGACUUCUGGUGGUGUAUUGACCGCUGUGUCAGCCUGGAGGCCUGGCAGCCCAAUAUGAUCCUGGAUGACGGGGGAGACCUGACCCACUGGAUCUUUAAGAAAUACCCCAACAUGUUCCAGAUGAUCAAGGGAAUCGUGGAAGAGAGUGUCACAGGGGUUCACAGGCUGUACCAGCUGUCCAAGGCAGGGAGACUGUGUGUUCCUGCUAUGAACGUCAAUGACUCCAUUACUAAACAGAAGUUUGACAACCUCUACUGCUGCAGGGAGUCCAUACUGGAUGGAUUGAAACGCUCUACAGAUGUGAUGUUUGGGGGAAAGCAGGUGGUGGUGUGUGGCUAUGGAGAGGUUGGUAAAGGUUGCUCUGCCGCUCUGAAGGCUAUGGGCUCAGUAGUGCAUGUCACGGAGGUGGACCCCAUAUGUGCCCUGCAGGCCUGCAUGGAUGGCUUCAGACUGGUCAAGCUCAAUGAGGUCAUCAGACAGGUGGACCUGGUCAUCACCUGCACAGGCAACAAGAAUGUGGUAGCAAGAGAGUACCUGGACAAGAUGAAGAACGGCUGCAUCGUCUGUAACAUGGGACACUCCAACACUGAGAUAGACGUGGUGAGUCUGCGGACCCCAGAGUUGACCUGGGAGAAAGUGAGAUCACAGGUGGACCAUGUCAUCUGGCCCGAUGGCAAGAGAAUAAUCUUACUGGCUGAAGGUCGUCUGUUGAAUCUGAGCUGCUCCACAGUGCCCACCUUCGUCCUCUCCAUCACCGCCACCACACAGGCACUGGCUCUGAUAGAGCUUUACAACGCCCCAGAGGGACGAUAUAAACAAGACGUCUACCUUCUGCCCAAAAAGAUGGAUGAGUUUGUGGCCAGUCUCCACCUGCCAACGUUUGAUGCCCACCUCACAGAGCUGACGGAUGAGCAGGGCAAAUACCUGGGCCUCAGCAAGACCGGACCCUUUAAACCGAACUACUACAGAUACUAAUCUAUGGGGGUGAAGACUAAAGACGUACCAUACCAUCCCAAAGACAUAUGUGGCUCAGAGGGAAGGAGGACCAGGAGACCUGGCUCAGAUUUGUGUUUGUGGGGGAACUAUAGCCCAGCACUGACGGGUAACACCACAACCAUGAUGUCUGACCUUUCACCCCUGUCCUCUGACCUCUGCUGAGCCAUCUGACCUCACUGGAUGGCCGUCAUUGGUCUUAGAGAAUUGAUAUGCUGAGAAGCUCUUUUUUAAUGUACAUAAAGUAUUAUUGUGAACAGAAGCAGAAAUGAUCAUUUCCCACCAGAUUCAUAUCCCAAGGCCAGACUCAGUUGCCGGGUUUGAGUUUUCUAUUUUCCAUUAUUUUUAUCUGUUGUCUGAAGUGGCGGAGUUUGGAGCAGGUGUAUGUUAUUUAGCAGAAUCUUACAAAAAUAUCAAGUUGCAACAGAGGAACACAGAUUAUCUAAUAAAAAUAUAUAAAUACAUCUUAUUUUCAAUCUUUCCAAAGAUAUCUAAAUAAUGUUUAAACUUUCUGAAUGUAAACAAAGCAUAACAAAUAGGUUAAAGUUGACCAAAUGUUACAUUUUACCAUCUUUUUUUCUGCGUCUUUUCCAAAGAUAAAGUUGUGACCCAGCUGCUAGUCAGUCUCAUUAACUCUGCUCUCCUCAAACAGCGUGUCUGUCUCUGUAGUUCUAACUAUGCCCAAUAGGUGGUGCAAUGAAACUAGUCAAAGAAGUGGAGCGGCUGUUCUGUGGAUGUUUCUGGAGUUUGGUUACUCACACACACACACGCACACUUACAGGAUACAGUGGUAGAUGCCCUGUGUGUUUGUUUAGGUCUUCCCUCCUGAACUGUAGAUAAUAUGUGGGGUGAGGAGAUAGAUGAAUGAGUAAUGGAUUUCUUUGUGAUGGUGUAUAUUAAAUGGAUUUAUUUCAAAAAAGACGCCCACCCACGUCCCACACUCCCACUCGUCAAUUGUGGUGCCGGCAUUAUGCGCAUGGGAGGUGUAAAAGACUUAUGCCGGCAAUAUGUGGUAAAAAUUUUGCCGUUUUUUACAUGCAGCAUACGGAAAUUCUUCUGUGAACUAGAGGCAAAUCUUUUGGGAUGCUUCCCAAUCUACUUAAUUACUGUCGGAAUUAUUCUUGCCUUGGUUUGCACAUGCAAUCAAAGAUUUGCAUUAGCCUAUUAUAAAGGAUAUGUCGAUAUGAACAGCUAAGAGGAGUGUUGUUAAUUAAUAAAAUAAUUUACAUUUCUUUGAAAUCUUACUGUAUUUCGCCAUUUUACAAAUAUACGGAGCUGUCCAUAGUGCUUAAGUUAGAGAUCAAUGUACCAUUAAUGAGGAAGACUACAGAUCACCAACAGGCCAAGUCAGCACGUAGAACAUGGCCAGGCGUAUGUAGGCCUAUGUUGUGCCUUUUAUUAUGUUUUUGGAAUGCUCUAUAACAAUGGGAAUUAAAAUUCCAACCCCA